AUGAUAAAACUUUUAAUUUCGGGGCUUGUACACGAACCAUUACAUAAUUCAAAUUUCAUUACGAUAUUAUUCUUGCUGUUACUAAUACUUUCAGCUUCUUUCCAGGGAACUAGUAGCCACGUCGAUCUAAAUUCAGGAGGUGGUUUUAUCUGCUUUCAGUCUGCUACGGUCGAUGAUCUGAGCUUUUACUGGUGUAAUAACGUAUCACCCAUAAAGUUUGCGUCAAAUCCGAACAAGCACGAAGUUCUUCGGUCAUCUAGUAAUCAAGGACGUUACUUUCUAGGCAUACGUCACAGAGAACUGCAUCAACAGCCAGUCGGCCAAUUACAGAUGCAGCACAACAAAAUUCUUAACCCUACGAGUGAUCGAUGAGGAACUUCUUUAUCUGAAAAUACAAAUCAAAAUACUAGAUGAUGACAAAGUGAC